AUGGAUAGAUACACGUUCUUUAUUGGACUUUGGGACGAAGAACCUUCUGAAUCUGCUGAUGUAUCUCCUGAUUACAUUAAGCUUGCUUCAACCUCAUGUCGUGCUCUUCGCGAAAGAUUGCUUCUCGACAGCCUAAAUUGCCUUGAUGAGGGGGCCGACUGGGAGCGUGCUGUUGAAGUCUGUGAUACUCUUUGUCUGCUUUAUAAGACCGUUGCUCCAAAUUACGCCAAACUGGCAGAUCUGCUUACCCGAAAGGCACAACUCUUCCGCAAGAUUGUCGCUAAAUUUAGCCGCAUGCCGCACAACUACUACUUGGUCAACUUUCUUGGCGGCAACUUUCCCUCUUUUGUCUCUGAGCACUUCGUUUAUCGUACCACUGAUACCCUUGCCGGCGUGCUACAAACUUUCCGCACCCAAUUCCCUACUGCCAGCCUUCUCACCCAAAUGCCCACAGAAAGUUUAGAACCUAGCUCUGAUAAAUGGUUUAUAUACGCAGCAGGAAACCUGAUAGCUGAGAUUAGGCUACCAAGCCAUCUUGCUGGUAAAUCUGUUAGCUCCAGAAUUCGCAGUUACUAUGCUAAAAACCAAGUACGAAGUUUUAUCAGACGGCGACCAAAGCAGGAGGUGAAUACACUUUAA